UCGACAUCGCGAACUUCUCUUUCUACACCCGCUAUCCAGCCGUCUCACCACCGCCAAUCCUUCAAGAUGGCCCCCAGCAACCUCCCCGCCAUCUUCAACCCCACGUCUUCGGACAUCGAGAUGCUUCUCGCGGCGCAAUGCCAUCUUGGCAGCAAGAACCUCCAGGUGCACAUGGAGCCAUAUCUGUGGAAGACGAGGCCUGACGGUAUCAACGUGAUCAACAUCGGCAAAACCUGGGAGAAGAUUGUUCUUGCCGCGAGGAUCAUUGUCGCCAUUGACAACCCGGCUGAUAUCUGUGUCAUCUCCGCCCGCCCCUAUGGCCAGCGUGCUGUCCUUAAGUUCGCCGCCCACACCGGUGCCGUCGCCAUCGCUGGCCGCUUCACCCCCGGAAAUUUCACCAACUACAUCACCCGCUCUUUCAAGGAACCGCGCUUGAUCAUUGUCACGGACCCGCGCACCGAUGCUCAGGCUAUCAAGGAGGCUUCAUAUGUCAAUAUCCCCGUCAUUGCCUUAGUUGACACCGACUCCCCAACUGAGUACGUCGACGUCGCCAUUCCAACCAACAACAAGGGUCGCCACGCUAUCGGUCUGAUCUGGUGGAUGCUCGCCCGUGAGGUCCUCCGUCUACGUGGCACUCUCGCCUCCCGCGAAACCGAGUGGGACGUCAUGACGGAUCUGUACUUCUACCGCGACCCUGAGGCUGAGGAGAACAAGGAUGCCGCUGGCGUCGAAGAGGCCAAGGUGCCCGGCGCUGAAGAGGUUGGCGCUGCUCCCGUGGAUACUGGCUUCGCGAACGAGUGGGAGGUUAGUGGUGCUGGUGCAGGCGCUUUUGCUGCAGCGACUACCACUGCGGCGGUGGGGGGAAGCUGGGAUGCUGAUGGUGGUGCGGAUUGGGCGGCGGCUACUACGACGGCUCAGGAAGGCGGUGCUGCGGGCGAGAACUGGGGCACUGCUGCGGCUACCACGGACACCAACGUCCAGUGGUGAACACCCCUUCCCCUUCCGUUCCCCCAUCCACAUCAUCUCAUAUUGGCUUUCUUUCCCUUCUCCCUGUUAUGUCCUGUGGUACUACCCCUUUAAACCCCUAGGGAUAGGAGCUUGCAUGGAACGGAAAAGAUGUAUUCAGAAAAUAUUCACUUGUCUGUCUGUUAUGGAGUGGGUUGGGCUGAAGGAACACAUCGUUCGGCACUUACGAGGGAAAGAUACUCAGACUCUGGCUCUUGUGGAGUGGGGGAAUGAGGGAAAGCCCUGUGCUGGCGACCUGGGUCGACUUGAUUGGCGCCCAUUUCUUCAAUUCUACUUUGCUUUAUG